UCUUGAAUAUCGUGACCGUUUUAAUAAACACCACGUGUGCACAGUGUUCGGUGCAUUCUAAUAGUGUUAUGAUACAGUGGUUUCGGUCAGAGAACGUCACAGAGUCCAAAAAUGUCGGAGAUUAAAUACAGCGCUCAGUCAUCGUCCGAUUUUCCCGAGGACCAAGAACGUUGCAAUAAUUGCGGAGUUAUACUAACAGAGAAUCAUCAGUGUAAAAAAUGGAGGCGAGAAAGAGAUCCGAGACCUCGACGCAAUCGUUGCAGAUGUAAACACAAAGACGGCACGUCAAUAUAUCAGUCGACUAUUUCCGAAAGGAAAUCAUAUGAGUACAAAUCGGUGGGAACGCAAACGGAUGCUGUUGCUAAUUCACGGAUAUCGACUUCUACACAGACGGAGGAUAUUGAUCAAAACGAAGAAGAAACGUACGAAGAGCUCAGCAGAAAUAUAUUUGAAAAAAUGAUUUAUCAUAAAUUUCUGUUACUUGAUUUACAUAAUACUUGCAAUAGACUAAAACAGUAAAAUUCUUAUAACACAGUAUUUGCAAUAAUAGUGAAAUAUCUUUUGUUCUUUUUUAUCAAUUUUAU